AAGCCCACCACCACCACCACAGAAAAACCCACCACAACCACAGAAAUCCCCACAACAACCACAGAAAACCCCACCACAACUUCUGCAACCACAGAAAGGCCUACCACCACCACCACAGAAAAGCCCACCACAACCACAGAAAUCCCCACAACAACCACAGAAAACCCCACCACCACUACAGAAAAGGCCACCACCACCACAGAAAAGGCCACCACAACUUCUGCAACCACAGAAAUCCCCACCACCACCACCACAGAAAAGCCCACCACAACGACAGAAAAUCCCACCACAACAACAGAAAAGCCCACCACCACUACAGAAAAGGCCACCACCACCACAGAAAAGGCCACCACAACUGCUGCAACCACAGAAAAUCCCACCACCACCACAGAAAUCCCCACCACCACCACAGAAAAGCCCACCACAACGACAGAAAAUCCCACCACAACCACAGAAAAGCCCACCACAACACCCGUUGACUGCCAUGUUUGUAAAUGGACGGAUUGGAAAAACAAUCACUACCCUGGUGAAGACGGUGAUGAUCGCGAAUCCAUUGAAAAGAUUACUGAUCCAGAUCUGAGCGUUUGUAGUAAACCUCUGGAAAUAGAAUGCAGAGCGACGCAAUACCCGGAUACGCCUUUGAAAGACCUGGAUAAUAAUGUAACAUGCAGCCCGAGCGAUGGACUAAUCUGUCUCGGCAAAAAACAACCCAUACCUCAUAGAUGCAAUGACUAUGAAAUACGAUUGAGAUGUUGCAUCAAUAUGUGUGAAACAACCACAACUCCAUCCUUUACAACGACAAUAUCUACUACAACCACAGAAAUCCCCACCACAACCACAGAAAAGCCCACCACCACCACAGAAAGGCCCACCACCACCACCACCACAGAAAAACCCACCACAACUUCUGCAACCACGGAAAUCCCAACCACCACCACCACCGAAAAAAAAGCCCACCACCACUACAGAAAGGCCCACCACAACUGCUGCAACAACAGAAAAGCCCACCACAACCGAAGAAAUCCCCACCACCACUACAGAAAACCCCACCACAACUUCUGCAACCACAGAAAUCCCCACCACCACCACAGAAAAGCCCACCACAACGACAGAAAAUCCCACCACAACAACAGAAAAGCCCACCACCACUACAGAAAAGGCCACCACCACCACAGAAAAGCCCACCACAACACCCGUUGA